GUAAAUGCAGGUUAGGUUAGGUAUUAAAACGCAUGGCGAUAUACCGGAAUUUAUCCUAACUUUAAUAAUUAUGACAGAAAAAGUAAUUAAAAGUUAUGUAUGAAAAUGUAUUUUAUAAGGAAAUAAAGUAUUUUAAAGUGUUUCGUUAAUUGAAUAUUUAAAUAUUUUUAAACUAAUACAAUAAUGCAAAUUCCACGUCCUUUAUACGUUGGAAGUGCAUUUGCAACAGUUGCAGGUGUAAUUUAUCUUUUAAAGGACAGAAUAAAUGAAUAUGAAUUCAAGGGAGAGGAAAAAAAAUUACAGAACAAAGUAAUAAUUGUUACUGGUGCAAAUUCGGGAAUUGGUAAAGAAACAACAAGAGCAUUAGCAGCACGAGAGGCAAAAAUUAUUAUGGCUUGUCGAGACAUGAAUAAAUGUGAAACUGUUCGCAAGGAAAUUGUUCUUGAAACAAUGAAUAAAUAUAUUUAUUGUCGACAAUGUGAUUUAGCAUCACAGGAAAGUAUUCGAAAAUUUGUAAAAAAUUUCAAAGAAGAAUUCAAAGAAUUGCAUAUUUUGAUAAAUAACGCAGCCGUAAUGAGCUGUCCAAAAUCUAAAACAAAAGAAGGCAUUGAAAUGCAAUUGGGCGUUAAUUAUAUUGGUCAUUUUUUAUUAACAAAUUUAUUGCUCGAUACAUUGAAAGUAUCGGCACCAUCGAGAAUACUUAAUGUCACUAGUGCUGCUUAUAGUCGUGGAAAAAUUAGAAUCGACGAUUUAAAUAGUGAAAAAAAUUAUAAUCCCGAUGAAGCAUAUAGACAAAGUAAACUUGCAAAUAUUUUAUUUACCACAGAAUUGGCGAAGAGAUUGAAAGGCACUGGAGUAACAGUGAAUGCAGUUUAUCCAGGAAGUAGCGAUACGGAAAUUAAUAGACAUUUGAGUUAUCAUUCUAGUUAUAUUAGUUCAAUUUUUGUGAAACCAUUCACUUGGAUGUUUAUUCAAUCAGCUCGACAAGGAGCUACUCCCGUUUGGACUACAGCAAUCCACGAUGAUCUCAAAGACGUCACUGGUUGUUAUUUUAGUAAAGGAAGAAAGACAGAUUUAACGAAAGAAGCACAGGAUGAAAAAAUAUCAAAGUGGCUUUGGUUAACGAGUGAAAAAUGGACGAAAUUAAAUGCCAACUGAUGUUUGUAAUUGUAUAAAUAUUAUUCUUGUUAGUUUAUUAUUAUUAUUUUUUUUUGUUUAAUUGUUUAAGUAAAACGACAUUUUUUCGAAA